CAUCAGGGUCAAAGUCUACCUCGGUCUCAAAUACAGCACUAAAAAUACUCAAAACAUCGAAGAAAAAAACAGAGCUGAAGAGCUGUAAUCAAUGGAGAUUCCAAUAUUUACUGUUGAUGCUUUUACUAAUGUGCCUUUUAAAGGUAAUCCUGCUGCAAUAUGUCUCAUAGAGAAUGAGCUGCAAGAUGAUCUUUAUCAGAGCAUUGCUGCUGAAAUGAAUUUAUCAGAGACUGCUUUCAUCACAAAAAGGAAUUCUGUGGAUUUUUCUUCAGGUUCAAGGUUUGGGUUACGCUGGUUUACUCCCACAAAUGAGGUCCCACUAUGUGGACAUGCUACCCUGGCCUCAGCAGCAGUGCUCUUUUACAUGAAAAAAAAUAUCAACCCUGUACUGGUGUUUGAGACGAUGAGUGGAGAGCUUUAUGUGCGUCAGCAUGAAGAAUCUCUAAUAAUGGACUUCCCCUUAAACAAACCAGACCCCCAGGAUCAACAUGAAAUCAAGGAUCUUUUGAAAGCCGUAGUAGGAGAUGUACCCAUUCAGGAUGUGUGCUACAAUCCAACCACAAGAAAAUUGAUGAUUCGUCUGGCUGACACAUGUGACAGAUCUGAACUUACAUCUUUGACGCCUGAAGAAAAAACUCUAUUGAAAAAUGACUCUACUGGGAAGAUUAAAGGUGUUAUUGUUACAAUGAAGGGAGCUCCAAACACACAACCUGGAUAUGACUUUUAUUCCCGUUACUUUGCUCCUUGGUUAGGGAUCUUUGAAGAUCCAGUCUGUGGGUCUGCGCAUACAGUUCUUGCUGCCUACUGGUCUGAAAAGCUGAACAAAAAGAAGAUGUUGGCAUAUCAGUGCUCCAGUCGUGGAGGAGAGCUGGGGCUGGAGAUCAGGGAUGAUGGUCGACUCAACAUCAGUGGUCGAGCAAAAGUCGUUCUUCGGGGAACUCUUAAAAUCUAGAUUUUUUUUUUUCCCUGCAAACUGAUGUUUCGCUCACUUAGUGGACUUACUGUAUGUGCCAACAUAGAAUAAAAAAACCCAACUGGUUUUAAAAUUCAAAUUGCAUGUUUUAUUAAUUUUAUUGCAAAAUAUGAAUAAAAUUGUCUGCUGGGCAGA